CCUGGUGUUGUAUGUUUUUUAUAUUUUUUCCUCCCAUCAUCUCCACGUAAUAUUUUGAUCAAAACGCGCGAUUAGCAAGGUAAGGCACUUUUUUUUAGUUAUUGUAGUAGUACCUUAGAUCCAUUACCCAUACUUGGCUGACUUGAGCUUAUAGAAGUCUGCUGACCCUUGGCAAAAUGGCCAAUGUACAUUCUUCAUUUGAAGAUGCAACUAGUCACACUUUUAGGCCAAUCGUCAAUGGGACCCUAAAACACAUCCUUUUCUCUCUCUUUAUUUUGUCUCUUAUAUAUUAUGUGCCGGAGACCUUGGAGGCGAACCCAGUCUCCAAAUUCCUAAGCCCUCCAUGGCUUGUCUCGGUGAAGCUUAUCUUAUGUCUGUUUUUGGGGUUAAAUUCUUUGAGAGCCUUGAACAACGCGCUCAAUGCAUGGUCGACAAAUAACUGGCGUAUAACGGCUAACCAAGACUGGGCAUGGGACCGUGAAGUUGCUGUCGUAACUGGAGGCUCCGGAGAUAUCGGUCAAGCGCUUGUAGAAGGCCUGAUUAGCAAAGGAGUCCAAGUCGCCGUGCUCGACGUACAUGAGCUUCCUAGCAGACUAAAAGACAACAAGAACGUCAUUUUUGUGAAAUGCGACGUCAGCUCCCCGACCGAGAUCACAGCGGCGCAGAAGCUCAUCGAGCGCACUUUUGGUCCCCCAUCGAUUCUCAUCAACAACGCCGGCAUCGUACGCACUACGACCAUCCUCGAUGAGCCCGAGGACCACCUGCGUAGAAUCGUGGGCGUGAAUCUAAUGGCGCAUUGGUUCACCGCGAAGGUGUUCCUCCCACACAUGCUAUCGCAAAAUAAAGGGCAUGUGAUUACGAUGGCCAGUCUAGCCGCCUACGUGGCACUACCGACUUCGGUGGACUAUUCUGCGACUAAGGCCGGCGCGCUGGCCUUCCACGAGGGGCUUACCUGUGAGAUCAAGCAUCUGUACAAGGCUCCCGGUGUGAUGACGACUAUCGUGCUACCUGAUUUUGUCAAAACAAAUAUGACGAAGGCAUAUUGGGCUGAGGUCGAAGCUGCUGGAGGCUUGUUGCUUGGGGUAGACCAGGUUGUAGACCCUAUCCUCAAGCAAAUCUUCUCGCGGCGAGGCGGGCAGAUCUUCGUACCUAAAUCUCGAGCCGUUGUGUCUUCUCUUAGAGGAUGGCCGAAUUGGUUACAGGAAGUAGUGAGAGAUGUAAUUGGGAGAAAAGAUAGAGUUGUGGACUCGCCGUUGGUGCGGAAGAAGUAACACAACCAAAGGAAUUUUGUUUUAUUCAUCCUUGAUCUGCAUUUUGUUUUACAUUGUGCUAGACACUGCUGAGAUAAGAAUGUCUUAAAAGAUGAACCCCCUCUGAAGCUUCCUAUUAUUUUGAUUUGUGUUCCCU